CCACUGCAUCUACGGUUGUUUUGCUUUUACUUGCACAUGUAGGCUACGCGACGAGAAAGCUCUGUGCUGCAGUGUAAAUUGGCUUUAGGUGAAGUUUCCUUUUUAUGUGAAACAUGUAAAACGCACUUUGUGGCCAGCAGUGUUCACAUUAUUAUUUGGUUCUCUGUACUGAGAUACCUUAACCUUACCACACAGAACCAACAUCAUUCCUUCAACAUGGCUUAUCGACACAGUCGAAAAUCAAUUAGAGAAGCGUAUGAAGAGCACUUCACGCCGAUUGAUAUAAGAGAGGUGAAAGUUCAUCGAGUUGUCAAUAUUGUUGAAAGGAGGAGCUCUAUGCCUCGGCCGGGGUUGGAAUAUGACAGAGGUUUUAAUGAUGACCAGUGGUAUGGUGGUCCUCGAAAUUACCAGGAUGCAAGAGAAUGUCACGAUGAAAGCAGUUACCCGCCCAACGAUCGUCGAUACUUUGACGAAAACCCCAUCUUUGGCAACUUUCGCAGAAAUUCCCCACCCCCACCCCCACCCCCAAGAAAUGAGGGCCCGUACUCCCAACAGUGUUAUGGCAGAGAUGAUUUGAGGCAUCAAUUAGACUCAAGGAACAAUGGCAGACCUAUCCCUUAUUACCGCAGCAGAGGUCGAGGGUCAGGCCCUCCUCGGAGGCCAGUGCUGGACAAAAAAGCCAAAGAAGACCAUGAUGACUACAGGAUCUCUCCGCCUGUUGUAAUCAUGUGUGACCGCUCACCUCCUCCCACCGGAAGGAGAGAAGCCCAACCACCUGUACAUGGGCGCUCUGGGUCAAAUACCAGCAACAAGAGUUUCUCCCCUGAAAGGGACAAAGGCUCAACCCAGCAGAGGCAAAAGCCAAGUGUGCUGACAAGUCACACUCCCAGCAGCUCUGUGGAGGGGUCUCCUCACAGCUCAGGGUCUUCAAAGGAAAAAACUCCUGCCUCUGUAGUGGAGUCAGAGGAGGUGGUGGCUGCCAGCAUGGAGCCAAAGCCGACACCAAAGGAAGACUUCAAGACUCGCCGGUUGGAAGCCAUUAAGGCUAAGGCUCUGGAAAUUGAGAAGCAUUACAGGCAGGACUGUGAGACAUUUCGCACGGUGGUGAAAAUGUUGGUGGCCAAGGAGCCCAGUUUGGAUAAUCUGCUGCAGGCUCCGCUGGAUGAGAACCUGUCUGAGAUCAAACAGCGCUGCCUAAAUGACCUCAGGCACUUUGUGAAGGAGCUGGACGAAGUAUUAGAGCAGCCGGACACUUCAGCAGACGCCACAGGUCACAAAACACUAGAGUAAUAAUAUGGAAUUUUAUCAUCUUAUUUCUGAGAUAAGCAGAAAAUUUAACUAGAAGAAUUGAACAAAUUUUUAACCAAAGAUUUUUUUCUACUUGUUGUAUUUGGAUCAUGUUCUUUAAUCAAAUAAUAGCAGUGAUUGGUUUAAAAAAAAAAAAAGAGUAUCUGAUGCAGGCAAUUUUUCACUUCCUGCAUCAUAAAUAUGAUUUAAGACUCAAUACCAGAUGAAAUAAUUGUUGAAAUGGAUAUGUUGUUACAAUGAAAUAUACCUUUUAGUAUUUUGAGAAAGGAGCAGUCUGCUUGAGAAAAAUGCACAAUAUAUAAUUCCAGCUAUGAAAUGAAUCAUGUUGUGGAAAAACUGACAAAUAUUACUACAUUCACUUGAUUACAGAUGACAUUUUAUAUUGACAUAAGUUAAUGUUUGAUUAUUAAAGCAGGCUUGGUGGCAGAGGCUUGCUCUUAUUGUUGAACCCUACUGGUAAGAGCCCUUGCAGAAAGAAUGAGUCAAAUGAUACAACUUUCCUAUUACAGUAUUUUCUCAGUUGUACUGAUGUGUAUUGUUCUGCUCUUCCAGCAUCUUUAUUUCUUGCAGCUGAGGCUGGCUAAAUAAUGCUAAGUUUAACACAAGUAUUCUCAAACUAGUAUCAAAGGGUCCAACUCUCCAUGGUGUUUUGCAGUGCAGAACUUUUCUGUAUAGAGAUGAUGUGUAGAUCAUUAUUUGAAUUAUGUGUAGAUCAUGCAUUUUUGUCUUUUGUUGAGUUUAACUGAACAACUUGUGAAUAUUUCCUUUUAGAUUAUUUGUAAAUAAAAGGCCAUGAAUUAA